CAUAAUCUUGUCAGUAGCUCGUUAGCGCGCCUUAACAAGGUUGGCGAGUUGGGUACUGUGUUAUCGUACGAUGUGGAUGGUUUUUUGCACUUAUUUCCAAUUGUUUGCGCGAAGAGGACGCAUCGUUUCGAAACUUCCGACUGGUGGUGUGUUCAUUCCUCCUGCGCUGCUGAUCCUGUACUCUUGAGUUCCUGUUCCUCUGUGCGCUGCAAAAAGUCGAUACCGCCCCUCACCCCGCCAGCAACCAUGUCUGAUAAGGUCCGUGUGUGCAUCGUCGGUUCCGGAAACUGGGGAUCGGCCAUCGCCAAGAUCGUGGGCGCCAAUGCCAAGCGGCUGGCCACGUUCGAGGACCGCGUCACGAUGUACGUGUACGAGGAGAUGAUCGAUGGCAAGAAGUUAACGGAAAUCAUCAACACGACGCACGAGAACGUCAAGUAUCUGCCUGGACACAAGCUGCCCGAGAACGUCGUCGCCGUUCCGGAUGUGGUGGAAGCUGCCAAGGAUGCCGACAUUCUGAUCUUUGUCGUGCCGCACCAGUUUAUCCGUGGACUGGGCACGCAGCUGCUGGGCAAAAUCAAGUCGACGGCCGUCGGUCUGUCCCUGAUCAAGGGCUUCGAUGUUGCCGAGGGCGGUGGCAUGGAGUUGAUCUCGCACCUGAUCACCAAGCACCUGAAGAUCCCGUGCUCGGUGCUGAUGGGCGCCAAUCUGGCCGGUGAGGUCGCGGAAGAGAAGUUCUGCGAGACGACCAUCGGCUGCCGGGACAUGAAGAUUGCGCAAACUCUGCGCGAUCUCUUCCUGACGCCAAACUUCCGCGUGGUCGUGGUGGACGAUGUCGAUGCGGUCGAGAUCUGCGGUGCGCUCAAGAACAUUGUGGCUUGCGGUGCCGGAUUCGUCGACGGUAUGGGACUGGGCGACAACACGAAGGCGGCCGUCAUUCGGUUAGGGCUGAUGGAGAUGAUCAAGUUCGUGGAUGUGUUCUACCCGGGCAGCAAGCUGUCGACGUUCUUCGAGAGCUGCGGCGUUGCUGAUCUCAUCACUACGUGUUACGGUGGCCGUAACCGUAAGGUGUCGGAAGCGUUCGUAAAGACGGGCAAAACGAUCGUAGAGCUGGAGAACGAGAUGCUCAAUGGCCAGAAGCUGCAGGGCCCGAUCACUGCCGAGGAGGUGAACUUUAUGCUGAAGAGCAAAGGCAUGGAGGAUAAAUUUCCACUAUUUACCGCCAUCCACAAGAUCUGCACCGGUACGGUGAAGCCGCAAGGAUUCCUGGACUGUCUGCGCAACCACCCGGAGCACAUGACACCAUGGGCAAAGCUCUAGAGAAAUGUCGCACUUGUUGUUACUCAAGCCAAACCAUUUCUCUGUAACAAUAAUAACAAUCACACACACACCACCACCCAAUAGCAAUCGAUCGCAAUUUUCGCGUGUAGUAGCUAAUCACAAUUCCUUCCCCCCUUUGACUCUUGUGUCAGUCAGGCAAGAUCAGUCAGGGAUCACAAUCAGAUCUCACAUAAUAGCUAAAGGAUAACGCUACUACUACUACUACUACUACUACUACCGCUACUACUAUUUAUCCUUACCUUCCAAAACACGGCUCAGAAGGUUGUGAAAUUUGCAUUUAUUUUGAGUUGGCAAAAGCAAACGAUUUUGCUGAUAAUACCAAAUAUCAAGCCAAGCUAACACAUUCCCUGUUUUUAGAAACAUUUUAUGAUAUUAUUUUCUAUUUUUAUUUUCUACCUAACAGUAAGCGUUAAAGUGUUUCUUUUAGACUGGUUUUGUUUUGUUUCUGUAAUGAGAUUUAAAUUACCCAAAAAUUUUAAAGCGUUUUUUUUACAAUAUUGCUUCCACAAGGAUAGCUGUUGGGGAAGUUGGGGUUUGAAAUUGGCGACUAGUGGGGCUUUUGCUUUCCAUCAUUUUCCAAUACGUUUAGAUAGGUUUAGAAGAGAGAGAGAGAGAGGUGUGCGAGUUGUUAAACCAAUCCAAAACGUCCAUCCAUCGUCACCGAAAUUGGUUUUAGUGUUACAAAACAAAAACAAAAACGGGAAAAACAAAAAAACAAUCCUGCAUGAUAUGUGAUACGAAAGCUGAUUUGAAAGUGAAUAAACAUCAACAGUUAUUGGGACAUUCGAUUGGUAUUCAAUUGUUGAGAAAUGCAAAACAAAAACAAAAAGAUGUGAGGGACCAAAUUAACUUUUUCUCUCAUAACAAACCCCCCCCCCCCCCCUGUGUAAUGUCGUAUGUAAUUGUCCAUUCCUUCUGGUUCUUCUGUUCUGUCCUGUUUUUACUGUUUUUUGAACAUAAUUUCCAUUGCGUUUAUCGUUCACAUCUUCGUGCUCAUCCGUCCAUCAUACAUCUGCACCGAAUGAAACCGUUUCCCGUAGAUCGCCCUGUGUUUCCCCCUGUACGUGUAUGCUCUCCAAUUGGCGAACCAUCAUAGCUGUUUCUUGCACCCUAAUUGUGUUAAGCAACAAAUUCGCUAGUUUUGUAACGUGAACUAAUUGUGUUUUUCCUUUGGACCUCUGUUCCGCUCGUAUCACGUCCCGGUGAAAGGCAAAAGUUUUCCUAAAUCCAACGUGAUACGCUAGUACGAUCGGGAGCAACUACUAAACGCGCCUCGCGUCGUGCAUCGAACAGCACUCCGUCGUGCGCUGAUAUAACUAUUAAAUUAUCUGGCAUUAGAAGAUGUUGCAAAACUUCCUCCGACCCGACCACCCCAUGAAACAGGAAACACGUGGCGUGAAAAUUCAUUGCCACCCACCCCUCCCUCCCGCCCUCGUCCCUCGUGGAAAUGAAAAUCGAAUCUUAGGUGAAGCGAAUUUUAGAACUUUCUAUUUGAUAAAUGUUGUUAUAGCAAAAUGGUUGAAGACCGCUGUACAUAGGACGUAAUAAAUUCGAAAAAUGUAGACAUCGCGAA